UGCAGAUGCAUAAUAAUGAUGUAAAGAGGAAGGAAGAUAUGUUUAACAGAACGGUCUCUGACAGAAGAAGGUGUCUCUACACAGGAAAUAUAUUCUGCCACUAACUGACGUACUGUUGUACUUAAGUAUGUGAUCUGUCUGCUGUUUGACAGACGUGAGGAGCAGCGAUGGGUUUAACUGCAGCGAUGAGGGGAUUCUUUGUCUUCCUUCUCUCUGUGUCAGUGGUACUUGGUCAGACUGGUUAUGGAGUGACUUACUCUUCUACUCAGAUCUGUGCUGUAAAAGGAUCAACAGUGGAAAUAAAAAGCUCCUUCACAUACCCAUAUAAAGUUGGGCGCCGUUCUACAACUGUGGAGAAAACAUUUUGGUUCACAGGGUCUGAACCUGAUGAUCUGUCGACAGACUCAAAGUAUUCUGGUCGUGUGACUCACAGUUGCAAUGAGAACAAGUGCACUCUGAGAAUCUCAGACUUGAGAGAGAGCGAUUCAGCUGAGUACAAGUUCAUAUUCAUAACAAACCAAGAAGGUGGACGUUUUACUGGUUCACCUGGAGUCACUCUGACUGUCUCAGUUCUCCAUGUAGAGGCCAAGAAAACAUCUCCAAUAUUGUAUCCUGACUGGGCAGAGGUGAAGUGUCAGAGCAGGUGUCGUCUAUCUGCUCGUUCCUACGUCUGGUACAAGAAUGGACUGAACAUGAACAAAGACACUUAUUCAGUUCAACAAGACUUUUCUCCUGGAGACACCGUCUCCUGUGCUUUCAGUGGACAUGAGGAUUACCGCUCUCCUUCAGUCUAUGCUCCAAAGCUUCCCUCUGUGUCAGUGAGUCCAUCUGGUGAGAUAGUGGAGGGUAGUUCAGGGACUCUGACCUGUAGCAGUGAUGCUAACCCAGCAGCUAACUACACCUGGUACAAGACCCAAACACUUGUCAGUAAUGGACCACAGCUUGUCCUCAGCUCUGUCCAGCCCUCUGUCUCUGGAGAGUAUCAAUGUACAGCUGAGAACACGAUGGGAAAGAUGUCGUCCAGAUACAUUACAAUUGAUGUAAAAUAUGCUCCAAAGCUUCCCUCUGUAUCAGUGAGUCCAUCUGGUGAGAUAGUGGAGGGUAGUUCAGGGACUCUGACCUGUAGCAGUGAUGCUAACCCAGCAGCUAACUACACCUGGUACAAGGAGAACCAAAUACUGAGUCAAGGAUCAGAUGGUGUGCAUGCUUUCAUUUCUAUCAGCUCUAACAACAGUGGAAACUACUACUGCAAGUCUGAGAAUCAAUACGGAUAUUCAAAGUCUUCAUCUCUGUUCAUAGAUGUCCAGUAUCCUCCAAAGCUUCCCUCUGUGUCAGUGAGUCCAUCUGGUGAGAUAGUGGAGGGUAGUUCAGGGACUCUGACCUGUAGCAGUGAUGCUAACCCAGCAGCUAACUACACCUGGUACAAGGAGAAUGAAGACUCACCAAAAGCUUCAGGACAGAUCUUCACCAUCACUGACUUCAGACCUGAACACAGAGGGAGUUAUUACUGUGAAGCCCAGAACAGAAGAGGACGUCAUAACUCCACCUUACACCUGGUUGGUGUCACAGGAAAAUUACCAGUAAAACUGAAUGUGAUCAGGUUAACUUUGAUGGUGCUGGUUCCUCUGCUUCUUUUGAUUCUGUGUAUGAGGAAGAAGAAACUCUUCAGCUGUGGGACUGAACCCAAUGAACCUGUGGAGGCUGUAGAGGUGAAAGAGAUCAGAGCAUGUGACCAGAACUGAUUAUUAACCAUGUGCUGAACUGUAGAUGUGAACCACAGAACAAAUCCAGGAAGUCAUUUUAUCAGUGUCAAAAUAUUUCUAUAAUAAGAUAAGAUAAGAUAAGAUAAGAUAAGAUAAGAUGGGGAACUUCUAGUUAACAGCAGCAGAGACAGUGCACAUAUGGGUGGACUAAAGGAUAAAAAUAGAAGAAUAUAGAAGAUA